GCCCCGCCCCGCCCGUCCCGCCCCGCCGCGGGCCGGGGCCGAGUGCUCGGCCGGGCGGCGCUGGGGAUGCUCGGGCAGCGCCGUGGGCUGAGCGGGUGCGAUGGAGCCGCCUGAGGGCUGGGACCCCUACGGGCGGCCGGCCCGGCGCACGCAGUGGCUGGUCAGCGCCCUCGCCUACCACUACGGGCUGGACCGCGGCGUGGAGAACGAGAUCGUCGUGCUGGCCACCGGCCUGGACCAGUACCUGCAGGAGAUCUUCCACCACCUGGACUGCGCCGGGGCGGGCCGCAUCCCCGGCGAGGACUUCCGCACGCUGUGCCAGGUGCUGGGGCUGGAGGAGGCGGCGGAGCCCGAGGAGUGCGCGGGGCUGUGGGACGGGCUCUCGGCCGAGCUCACCUUCUGCCAGUUCCACGCGCGCCUCUGCGGCCACUUCAGCACCCGCGCGGGGCCGCGGCUGCCGCUGGGCCGGGAGAGCGAGCACAUCGAGACCCAGAUCCGCCUGCGCAGCCCCCGCCGCCGCCGCCGCCACGCCGACCCCGCCGGCCGCGGAGCCGCGGGCAGCGCCGAGCGGCGGCCGCCGGGGCUCUGCUCCCGAGAGUGCUACGAGGAGAUCGUGGCGCUGGAGCAGGCCGAGGACCGCCUCACCAAGCUGGAGGAGGAGAACGGCAGCCUGCGGGAGCUGGUGGAGGACAUGCGCGCCGCCCUGCAGAGCAGCGAUGCGCGGUGCCUGGCGCUGCAGGUGGGACUGCGGAAGAGCCAUGCCAGCCAUAGAGAAGAAGGAUCCUGCUUGACAGGGAGGAAGAGAGCAUUAACACAGAAGCACUCCCAGACCAAGUGCCUCCAAAGUGUCCUGGAGGAAAUGGAGCUCAUCCGGAGCUCCAGGGAUGGGCAGGUUGAAGAAGCCAUCAGGUUCAGUCAGGAGCUGGAGAAGGAGCUGAAGAGCUCUCAGGAAGCUCUGGUCAGCCUGGAAGAUUGCAACCGCCACCUGAAGAGGGAGCAGGCAGAGAUGAGGAGGAAGGUGGAAGAGGCCAGACGGGCUGUCCUGAACAGUCUUGGCAAAGUGAAGGAGCUGGAAGUGAGAGCUAACGAGGUGCCACAUCUGCAAAUACACAUCCAGCAGCUGGAAUCACAACUGCAGCACUACAGGUGGGAAGUGGAGCGAUGCCAGCUUGCCCAGCAGAGCAGCCCCCAGCAGCAGCAGCAGGAGGGAGCAGCCGUGCCCGGGGGCACCCACGGAGCGCCUGUGGCACCGCCAGGCACCACCAACCACGCAGAGGAGCAGCUCUUACGCUCCGUGGAGGGCCAGGCUGCCUCGGACGAGGAGGAGGAGAAGUGGCGAGGGGACCGGGCUCCCCAGCUGAAGAAGAUCCUGGCCAAGCUCCCUUGCUGUGGCAGUGGGUGUGAUGAAAAAACCUGGAGAAAGCUGCUGUGCUACCUGGAGACCAGCAGCACUGACGGGAAGGACCCUGUGGAGCCCUCGGGGAGAAUCUCCCCCCUCACAGAGCAGCCAGAACUCAAGGGCCACCAAGAGAGAAAACUGGAAGCAAGCAUGGAAGAGAUGAAAAGCCCCUGGCUCGGGGAGCUGCAGCAGAAGGUGGAGGAGACUGAAGUGCUGAAGAUGGAGCUGCAGAUGCUGGAGACGGAGAGGGUUCGGCUGUCCCUGGUGGAAGAGAAGCUCCUGGAUGUUCUGCAGCUUCUCCAACAACUUCGAGACUUGAACAUAUCGAAGCGAGCCCUGGGGAAAAUCCUACUGAGCACUUUGGAAUCCUGCCAUGACCCCCAGCCUGGCAAAGCCCAGCUGUUGGAAGUGCUGGACACCCUUCAGCAGGAGCUGGCAGCCUGUGAACUCCUGCACAAGCAGCCCACGGAGCAGGCACAGAGCCCACAGUCCCUGUCCAACCCCCUGGUGAUCUCCUGCUGAGCCCAGCCAGCCCCAGGACAGCUGCAAGGAGCAAUCAGGGACAUUUGUCCAGCUCAGCCACACCUGGACUGGCCAGGAGCGAGGAGCGACCCCAGAGAGGAGCAGCAGCCCUGGGCUGGGCACAGCCUGCCUUACCUGGACUGCAAAGGCCAGCCCUGGGGUGCCCCUGGGACUGGGCUGGCACCAAACUGUGCCCACCAACCCUCACCUGAUCCACAGGGAUUUACAGCUCUGCAAAACUGGGACUGGGCUGGCACCAAACUGUGCCUCAUCUGACCCACACUGAUUUACAGCCCUGGAAAACUGGGACUGGGCUGGCACCAAACUGUGCCUCACCUGACCCACAGGGAUUUACAGCCCUGGCUGUGCAGGUGCUGGGCACAGUUUGCAGCCUUUGUGGAAGCCCCACUCCAAAGCCAAGGCAGCCUGUGUUAUCCCUGGAUUUGUUAUCCCUUACCCUAGAGGUGACAAACUGAAUGAUAAACACACCCAGGAGUGUGUGCCAGCAGUGCAGGUUUUAAGGGCUCUGUGUUUCUCACUCAAUUACUCACCUUAUUUAACUCUGAAGCUAGAUUUUUUUAUUGCUCUGCUGAAUUUUAUAUUUGCAAUUAUAGAGAUGCCUUAGGCAGCAGCCUUACCUGACAACAGACAGAUUUUACAUAAGAAGUUAAAUUUAAGUGCUUGAAGAAGGUCCAAAGCAAUCUUGAUCCCAGGCUCUCAGGGAAAGGAAGGGCUGAAAAAUUCAUUUUGCUGUCAUUCUGUGUUAGCAAACAAUUGUGCAGUGCACAAGUGAGUUCUAAAGUUUAAUUUCCCUCAGUGCAGCUGCAGACACAAAAUUAGGCCCCACAUGGAGGCCAGUUAAUGUAAAGAGCUGGGCCUAAUUGUGGUGCCAUGGAAUGUUUUAAUCAGCAAUAAAAUAAUUCCUGGGGCAAAAUUAAAAAAAAAAAAAAAAUAGGUUUUUCCCAAGGUGCUUUUGCUGUGUCAUUCACAGAGGCAGAACUCCUAAAAGAGCCAGUGAGUUUAUGUUACUGAAAAGAUGCACUGUGGAUCUUUUAAGAAUGUGAAGUGAUUUGCCUGAGAUAAUGCCAGUGAUGAAACAAGAUCAUUCAACUGUACAUGUAUGAUUUUUUCCCAGGAAAAGGUUUCAUACAGGAAUAAGGUCCACAAUGCAAGCUGAGGAAUAAGAUUUCCAUUCCUUUCCAUUCCUUUCCACACUGUGUAGUUCUCACACACCUCCAUGGAAAAUUGUGGCACCUUUGAGCCAGAUUGGGAACAAAUAUUUGUAUUAUUUUAAUUGCAUUUUAAAGGAGAGAAAAAAAUGUGUUAUGCAAGCAAUGAAACAAACUCUGUUCAAUGGUGUUUUACCUCGUUGGGUUUUCUGUAUUUUGUGGGUUUUUUGUGGUGUAGCAGAUGAAGAUUUUAAGAAUAGA